UGACGUCGUUUGUAGGAGGGCGCAUAUUUACGUUUUUCUCUGUUAACUCUCCGGCACGAGGAGAGCAAAGAAACUCUAAAAGAAGAAGAUAUGGGAAGCCAACCGAAGAAGAAACCUAAUAACCAGCUACAACUCAACCCUAACUGGGCUCAACUCCAACAAAAGCUGCAAAUUCAUAACUCAAAGCCUCCAAGACCCUCAAACAACUCAGAAAACGAAAACCCAAAAACUAUUUUAGGGAAGCGUAAGGAGAGACCAAAUGCAGAGUUGGAUGAUCCUCAGAUCAAUCCUCUUAUUCCAAUUAAUGAUGAUUUCAGUCUGACAGAUGCGGUAGCCAUGGAUUGUGAAAUGGUCGGUGUUGGUCAAGGAAACAAAAGUGCCCUUGGACGAGUUACUCUGGUUAAUAAAUGGGGAAAUGUUGUAUAUGAUGAGUUUGUUCGCCCGGUUGAUCGUGUUGUUGACUUCCGUACUGAAAUUAGUGGCAUUCGACCCAGAGACUUGAGGAAAGCAAAAGAUUUUCGGGUUGUUCAGAAGAGGGUGGCAGAGAUAAUUAUGGGAAGGCUUCUUGUGGGACAUGCCUUGCACAAUGAUCUCAAGGUACUUCUAUUAAGUCAUCCCAAGAAGGACCUGCGGGAUACCUCAGAAUAUCAAAUUUUUCUCAAGGAAUGGGGCAGAAGAGCACUCCGGCAUCUUGCUGCUCAGUUUCUCGGUGUUCAGAUCCAAAAUGGGGAGCACUGCCCCAUACAAGAUGCUCGUGCUGCAAUGCUCCUUUAUCAGAAAAAUAGAAAAGAGUGGGAAAAAAGUGCUAAAGAUCAAAUGCGGCUCAAACUGAAACAGAAGAAGCGCAAGCCUAAAAAGAAAGCAAAGCAGGGAGACGUUGUGAUUGACCAUGCCCCAACUGCAUUGUAGCUUUGGCUGCCCAUUGAAAGCCGACCAUCAAAAUGGGGCUCUCUUCAAAUCUGCUAGCACAUUGUCCGUAAUGUUCAGAAGGAAGAUUGAAGAGAGGAUACAUUACCUAGCUGCUAACACUAACUCCAUCUAACAGGGAUACACAUAUAGGAGAGCUAAUCUUUUUAUUUAGCCGGUAAUCUUGCAUGUGGGAAAUUAUCAUUUUAUUAUCAUGGGUGAACAAAUGUCGGUGUGUUUAAUUUUUUGCUGAUAAUUGCAUUGGAGAUGCAUUAUUUACACACUAUUGGUGAGCAAUUUGUCUACCAAACAGGAUAAAUGUGAUUUUCUGAAUUGAUGAAAAAGAACAGGAUUGUCAAAUGAUUUCGUUUUAUAUUUUGUCUUA